UCGUAAGAGCGAUAGAAUUAGAAUUAAAUAAAGAAAGCCGGAAAAAGAGAGAAAGCAAAAACAGAGCAUAUGCGAAGUGCUGUGUAUUUCUCUCGCAACAAGGAAGGUAAAGUUCUUCCAAUCCCAUCAAAACCCCAAUCUUAUCGCUUUUCCUUCAAUCUUCCAAUGGAUCGCUCACUCCUCCUCGCCACUCUUUUCACUCUUCUUCUUCUUCUCCCAGAUGUUCAAUCGACGUCUUUUAAGUUGAUCAACAAGUGUCGGACCACGAUUUGGCCGGGUCUGUUAUCAGGCGCCAACACCCCCCAGCUUCCGACCACCGGCUUCGCCCUCCGCAGCGGCAAAUCCAAGAUCGUUCCGGUCCCGAAAUCUUGGUCGGGUCGGUUAUGGGCUCGGACCCUUUGUGGGUUAGAUUCAGAUGGGAAGUUCUCUUGUCUCACCGCCGAUUGUGGAUCGGGUAAAGUGGAGUGCGACGGCGGCGGUGCUAAACCACCGGCUACCUUGGCGGAGUUCACUCUCAACGGCGCCGAUGGGCUUGAUUUUUACGACGUCAGCUUGGUCGACGGUUAUAAUCUUCCGAUGCUGGUUGUGGCCAAAGGUGGAACCAGAGGCGGUUGCGCUGCUACCGGCUGUUUGGUGGAUUUGAACGGCGCGUGUCCAUCGGAGCUACGAGUAGCGCGUGGUGGUAGUCGCGGUGGAAGUAGCGUGGCUUGUAGAAGCGCGUGUGAGGCUUUUAAUGCUCCGCAAUUUUGUUGCAGUGAGGCCUUCUCUACCCCUGACACGUGUCGUCCUUCUGUAUAUUCGGAGUUCUUCAAACAUGCUUGCCCACGCUCUUAUAGCUACGCGUAUGAUGACAAAACCAGCACUUUCACGUGCGCAUCCGCCGACUACCUUAUCAUAUUUUGUCCACUACCUUACACCAGUCAGAAAGUGUUGAGUGCAAGGAAAGACGGAGUAGCGCUACCGCUCGUGAACAAGACCAUGAUGUACUUGAGAAGCCGAAGAUCGAUCAGCAUUCGAUCGGCAGUUUCAGGCUUAUAGUCUCGAAAUGAGGUGUCGAGGGACGGAGAGAGGAGUUCGAGACGGGCGUAUCGGCGACAGCAUACUCAAAAGAUGGAAAGCUUUUUUUGUUUAUACACAGUUGAAGUUUGAUAUGAUAUUAUUAUUUUGGAAGAAUUCAGAUUAAUUAUUUUUAUUUUUAAUUUGAUGGAAUUAUGGAGUAAAAACCGACACUAAAAAACAAUAUCGAUUAUGUGAGCUUCACGUGGUUGGAUUCUCUCU